GAGGAGGGGCUGUUUCGACACUGCUUUGUGACGUGAGGCCCAAAAUGUAAUCUGCGAAUAAGAGGGAAUUGAGUGCCCGCUCUCAAAAUUUCGGCCCCUCACUCACAUGGAUAUUAGCAACGAUUUUGGACGCUCGCUCACCUCUCGCUCAGGGCAAAAUCCGGUAAAAGAUGACGGGCCAUGACAGUGAUGAUGAAGAGCUGACACUUUCCUCUUCGACGCUCGAUGCGCUCAAACAGUUUUAUGCCGAACGCGAUGCCCGCGCCGAGCAGUUUGCCAAGCUCAAGGCCCAGGCCGAGGAGCAGCACGCUGCCGCCGCAACCAACGCCGGCCAGCUGUCGAUAGAGGCUUUUACCGAGGAUUGGAAUGAGAGCCAGUUCUGGUACUCGGACGAAACGGCCUCGCUGUUGGCAAGAGAGCUCCUUGAUGGAGCCACCUCGGACAUGACGAUUGCCGUCGUCUCGGCGCCGAGCGUGUUUGUCGCACUGAAGAAUAUUCUGAACACCUCCUCGCCCGGCCAGCCCAAACCCAAACUCGUCCUCCUCGAGCACGACAACCGGUUUGCCGUGUUCCCCGAGCUUGUCUUUUACGACUUUGCUCAGCCGUUGAAGCUGCCUUCCCACCUAAAAGCCUCCUGCGACCGCAUCAUCUGUGACCCCCCCUUUCUUAGCGAGGACUGCCAGACUAAAGCUGCUCUCACGGUCCGGUGGCUGUCCAAACCCCAUCAGCAGCAGCAGCAGACCAGACUGAUCGUGUGCACGGGCGAGCGCAUGGAGUCCCUCGUGACGCGCCUGUACCGCUCCUAUGGCCUGCGCACAACCGACUACGAGCCUGUCCACGCGAGGGGGUUGAGCAACGAGUUUUACUGCUACGCCAAUUUUGAGUCAUCGUCGUCGAGCUGGAAGUGGCGGCAGAGGGAGGACGAGGGAAAGGAGGAGGGGGAGGGGGAGGGGCAGGGCAAGUAGGCAUAGCGGGUGAGCAAAAAGUGAAGGGUUAUUGAGAUGAAUGCGUGGGUAAGGAGCUGGAGUAGAUGAACCAAAAAACAAGACCAGGGUUGUCAAGCAA